GGCGCAGAUCGUGUGUGAGGGUGAGUCAGUGCUGGAGACGAAGAGGAGAAGAAGGCGGGGAGAUGUACACAUGUCCAGAAGUUCAGAGUGGAUUCUAAUGAAAGCGGAGGAAAAACAACGCAACUGAGCAGCAUAGUGUAUGGAAGCCCAUGGAGAUCAUCUGAAGCACAAUGAGUCUUUCAGUGCAUGAGCUGCUCCUCUGCUGCCGGGGGUUAGAAAAUGAGAAAGCCACGGAAAGAAAGAAAGAGAUUGAUCGCUUUAAGAGGCUUCUUCGAGACCCUGAGACAGUCAAGGAACUUGACCGUACUUCUGCAUUAAAAGCCUCUAGAAACAACAACCAACUCACUUGGGAUGCUGUGUUCAGGUUCCUUAAGAAAUACCUUCAAAAGGAGACAGAGCUCCUUCAGUCAGGCAAAGCCAAUGUGUCGGCCAUCACACAAGCGAACCGGCGCAAAAAGAUGCAGGAGAUCAGCAGCUUGAUCAAAUACUUUGUGCGAUGUGCCAACAAACGGGGUCCGAAGCUGAAGUGCUCAGAUCUGCUGGCUCAUGUGGUGGAGGUUAUGCAGAGCUCCUUCAGCUGCUCUGCGUAUGGAGAAGAUUAUAGCAGCAUGCUGCUGAAGAACAUCCUGUCCGUACGCAAGUACUGGUGUGAGAUCACCCAACAGCAGUGGCACACUCUGUUGGAGUUGUAUUGUGGACUCUUUACUGGUACCUCCAAGCCCAUCAACCGAGUUCUAGUCAGCAGGAUUAUCCACACUGUGGUUCAGGGAUGCUGUCUUCAGACUGAGGGUCUGUCACACACAUUGUUCAACUUCUUCUCAAGAGCUCUGAGUAACACCAGGGAGGAGAGGCAGCUGACCAUACUGGAGCACCUGAUCUCUGCUCUGAACGUGUUUCUGCGCUCCGUGGCCAUAAACUGCAGGAGACGAGUGUGUAGACUCGGGGAGGAGCUGCUGCCCUCCAUCCUUUAUGUCUGGAGCCAAAAGAGACCCAGUUCCACCCUGAAAGAGGAGAUGGUGGAGUUCUUUAACUUACAGAUGUGUGUGCAUCAUCCUAAAGGAGCCAAAACACUGGAGACAGGUGCUCAUGCUGAAGACUGGGGGAAGUGGCAGAGUCUCCUCUAUAACCUCUAUGAUGCUCUUGUGAGUGAGAUUAGUCAGAUUGGCAGUCGAGGAAAGUAUGCCACAGGAGCUCGUCAUAUUGCUGUUAAAGAGAACCUCAUAGAACUUACUGCGGAUAUCUGCCACCAGCUGUUUAGUCAGGACUUGCACGUUGUGGAGGUCCGAGGCCUACAAAGAGACAGCCCGCAGAGCAGCAAGCGCAGACGAGUGGAGCUCGGGUGGGAGGUGCUGAGAGACCACCUGCAGCCCCAGCACAACGACUUUGAUAUGAUUCCAUGGCUGCAGGUGACCGCAGCCCUGACCUCCAAGUACCCCUCCAUGCUUCCAGCCCAUGAGCUGCUUCCCUUGCUCUCUCUGCUGGGUCAGUUGCUGGGUGAGCAGCAGCGGCGUGGAGAGAGGAGACCCUACGUUCUUCGCUGUCUGAGGCAGGUGGCUCUUUGCCAGGCAGCUGGCUCUGCAAGCGUUGGAACCUCUGAGGCUCAGCAGAGAGAGGUCAGCCGGCUGUGGAGCAGAGUGUGGGCGAUGGCCGUGCGGGGGGUCAGCUCGGCUCAGACCGAGGGUCUCUGUCUGGAGCUGCUGCGCACCAUGGUGCAGUGUUCUCUAGUGCCUGUGGAUAGAGAGUUCUGGAAGCUCUUCUCUGCUGCUAUCUGCAAACCGUCCACUCUUUCUACACUCAGUCUUGCUCAGGCCUUGACUAAGUGUUCCGUCCCAAAGAGUGUGUAUAGCACUGAGCAUUCCUCGUCUCUGCUGCUGGAAGCUGGAAGACCCCAGUGUCUGAAGGAGAGCAUCAUCGACUGGCUUCUGAUGAACGAGCAGAGUGAUGACGUAGAGGACGUCAGGCAUCACCCUGCCAUCUGCAGAGAUUUCCCGCUAAAUCUUAUUCCAAGAAUUCUAGUGGCGUUGACUCUGAAAGACACCAUGGGUGGGAUGUUAUUCCUGAUGGACUCUCUUCAGCUGCAGAGGCUCUGUCCUCCAGAUCAGCCUGUAGCAGCAGCAGAAUCUAAAAGCUUCUUGUCUGAAGUCGAGGCUCUCUAUCUGCAGUUCAGUUUUGAUGACGCAGAUUCCCUCACUGAGAUCAGAGAAGGCAGGACCUGCAGAGAGAACCCUCAGCUCACGGUGGUCAGUGGUCUGAGGACCCGGGUGGAACAGAGUCUUCUGUCUGUUGCUGAACACCUGCUCAACUCCUACUCUCCUGAUAGUACUGUCACUCCACCUGCGUAUAUGGUUCACUGUUUGAAGCUGCUUACUGGAGUCCUGGGGGCGUUUGUGUGUGUUGGAGUCAUUACUGAGGAAGAUGCCUGUCAUAGCUCUCUGUUUCACAAAGCAAAGGCUUUAGCACAGGACUUCACAGAGUAUGUAUGUUCUGCAAAAAGCAAGAUUUCUGAGGAUGAGACUCUUUCCACUCUUAGAUCAGUGAUGCUGUUAUGCUCAGAAAGUAUCAGCAUGCAGAAUAAGGACAGUGUAUCUACAGUUUCUCGAAGCUUGUUUGUUAAAGCUUUGCCUGGUCGGCUGCUCACAGAACUGUCGGAUAUAUGCAAGUUGAUGCUGAGUAACUCUGGAAGGCGAGACAGUGUUAUGAGUGAGAUUGAUCCUGUUGAUGAUCUGGAGAUAACCAGAACACAGAUGGAGGAGAAUCCUCAGGAGGUUGAUAUGUUUGAUGAUGGUGAAGGAACUCAUCAAAGCAACAAUGGAACACCGAAGCCUAAUGGAGACUCUUCUGAUUUACAGCAUGGCUUAGGAGCUAAGAGUCCUCUCUCUCAGGAGCUGCUGUCCGGUCAGGACCUGGCUUUCCUGGCCGUUCUCGAGUUCCUCUCUCUGAGUGUGUCGUUUGAGUUGGGCCACGGCCUGGCCUUUAAACCGCUGGAUAUCCGGAGAAAGCUGCUGAAACUUUUAGACCUGAUUGACUGUUCCAAACCACUGCACCUCAGAAUGUAUCUGGUUCUCCUGAAAGAAGUUCCUGCGGAGGAGAUGACUCUGGCAGCUGAGGAGCUGGAUUCUCUUCUCAGACCUCUUGCGGAUGUGUGCUCUCUGUAUCGACAAGACCAGGAGGUGUGUGCUGCUAUUAUUUUGGCCCUGCUUCCCUGUGUACACUGCCUGGGUCGAGGGCAGAGCACGACUGAGGAGGAUGAUGAGAUGGCUCAUGUACAGGGGGCACUGCUUAAGGUGGUCUCAGGCUUUAGCUUCCUGGGUAGAAGUGGUAAAUGUACUUCAGCUGUGAAGGUGUCUCUGGGGCACUGCUUACUUGCUUUACUCGAGGCGGACCCUUUCAGUAAGUGGGCGGUCUUGGCUCUGAGGGAGGAGGAGCUUCCGGUCUGUGUGGUUCUGCCCUCACACCUUGCUGACUCCCACCACCAUGUUCGCAUGCUAGCAGCCAUGAAUGUGGAAAGAUUGUUUCUAGAAAAGGCUGUUCAGCGUAAAGAGCAGAAGAAAAUGCUUCCACUUAAACAUCAGCAGACUGCUUUUGAGAAUGUCUACCUGAAGGCUCAGGAGGGGAUGAAAAUCCAGAGAAACAGUCCUCCUGAGGACCUGCCUGAUGAAAGCUUUAACCGCAGGGCUACUCUGCUGAAGAGCCUGUCGGUGGUCAUGUGCUGCAGUCCGGUGUGUGAGAAACAGGCUCUCUUCGCUCUCUUUCAGUCCUACAAGGAGAAUGGAAUUGAGGAGCAGCUCAUUAAAAAGGUGUUAGGGAGCGUGUCUCGUUCUUUGGGCUACAGGAGCUCGAAGGCGUUCGUCUGCUCUCACCUGUAUUACCUGGUGGCUGAGUGGCUUUCUCAGAGAGAGACCGACCCCAGCUACACCCUGCAGUCCUUCCCUUACACUCUGCUGAACUACAGCACUCUGGAGGAGUUUUACAGGUCAUCUUAUCAUGUACUCAUUCCUCACUUGGUGUUCCUGAACGACUUUGAGCAGGUGAGGUCUAUCGGCAGUCAUCUUCAGGAGGACUGGAAGAAGCUCCUCGGCAGGUGCUUCCCGAAGCUCAUGGUGAACAUCCUGCCUCAUUUCGCCCUUCCGGGUCAGGAUGCUCACGCAGCGCAGCAGAGAGAGAAAGCUCACCGCGUUUACGACCUGCUGAAGGACAACGACUGUCUGGGAAAACAGCAAAUAGACAAUCUGAUUUGUAGCAACCUGGCGGAUAUUGUGGUGGAGCUGCUGAUGACCCUUUAUGAGGGUGCUGAAGGCGGGGGACUGCAGAAAUUUAUCGGGGAGCUGGAUCCUGCACCCAAUCCUCCGUUCUUCAACUCUAAAGUGAUCAAAGCUACGCUGGACUAUCUCAGUAAUUGUCACAGUGCCAAUCACAAGUCUCUGGUAACCAUUCUCUCCAAGACUCCGAUGUCCAUACAGAAGAUCCUGGCCUCCAUUUGUGAAAGGGCAGCUGAGACCACCAACGCUUAUGAAAGACACCGCAUCCUGAUGAUGUAUCACCUGUUUGUGAACCUGUUACUCCAGGAGGUGAAGGACGGACUGGGAGGAGCCUGGGCCUUCGUACUGCGAGACAUUAUUUACACCCUGAUACAUCAAAUCAACAGCAGGUCACUCCAGCAGGACGAGGUUUCUACACGCAGUCUUGCUCUGUGCUGCGACCUGCUGACCACUGUCUGCAAAACUGCUGUCCUCGUCUGUGACGAUGCUCUAGAGAGCCACCUGCAGGUUAUUGUAGGUACUCUCACAGCGCAGGUCACCGAGCGCCCUGUUAUAGCUCAACAGGUACUGCAUCUGCUGAAGUUCCUGGUGAUAGAUAAUCCCGACAACAGAUACCUGAGAAGAGCCAUUCCUUUACUGGAGCCUUUCCCUGACCGACCGGCCUUCAGAGAGCUGAGAGCUGCUCAGCACCAGCUCAAAUACAGCUCCAGAACCUUCUCCCUCAGACAGGAGAUUGAUCAUUUCCUGUCUGUGGCAUCAUGUGACUCUUUACCUCUAACUCGAUUGGAAGGUCUGAAGGAUUUGAAAAGACAGCUUCACACUCACAAACAGCAGAUGGAACAGCUGCUGAAAGAAUGCCAUGCUGACCCUGCUGGAAGUGUUUUGGUUAAACUGGUUCUGAACCUCCUGCAGCUGUGCAAACUUGCAACCAACCACCCUGGAGGCAGAGACAUCUUGGAGGCUGUUGGUGGUUGUUUGGGAGAACUCGGGCCUGUGGACUUGUCUACUAUUGCUCUGCAUCACGGAAAAGACCAGAUCUACACUCAAGCAGCUGAACUUUUCCCUGAUGCACUUCAUCAGUGGAUCUUCAUCAUCCUCAGCUGUAUAAACAAUGCACUGACACACCACAGUAUCUCCAUCCGUCAGGCUGCAGCUCAGUGUCUGAAAGACGUCCUGGCCACCCAGCCUGGCUUGGACUUCUGGGAAAAGUACAAGAGUCAGAGGGACCCAAUGCUGCUCUACCUGAGUCCUUUCCGCUCUACCAAGAGAAAGGAGCAGACAGUAAGAGUGGAAGUCCCUCUUAUGUCCAGAGAUCGUCUGGACAGUCUGGAACUAUGGUCAGUAAAUCCAGGCAGUCACAAGGACUGGUUGAGAAGAUUGUGCAUUGCUUUGCUAGACAGUGGAGGCAUCCAAAAUGAAGCUCUGCUGAUGACCAGACCACUCUGUGAGGUAAAAACCGACUUCUGUCAGAGAGUUCUGCCUCUCUUUAUUCACAACAUGCUUCUAGAGGACAGGAACGGCUCCUGGAGGGAACUACUCUCCACACACAUCCAGAGGUUCUUCAGCCUGUGCUCCAGACCAGCCAAUCCCAGCAGCCGCCCCACCACCCCCCUGCUACCAGAUUCAGGAGAGGAUGCUAGCAGUCAGGCUCAGCCGGAUAAAUGCUCUCUGCGCACCAUGCUGGCCGUCAUCGAUUACCUCAGAAAGCAGAGCCGUCCACUGAGACCUGGCAGUGCUGAGUAUGGAACUGUGUGUGAGUCUAACUUCUGGCUGGAUCUGAACUAUCUGGAAGUGGCUCGAGCAGCUCAGCUCUGUUCAGCCCAUUUCACAGCACUGCUGUACUCCGAGAUCUACGUCGACAACAUCCGGAGCAACAUGGAGGAGAAGCGCAGAGCUCAGUCUAGAACUUCAAGAAGGAUCACGUUUGAUGACAGCAGCCAGAAUCUGUCUAUUGGCAGCGUGUCAGAGAAGAGUGUGGAAGAUUCUGGCAUUAGUCUGCAGGAUCUGUUGAUUGAGGUGUACAGGAGCAUAGGGGAGCCGGACAGCCUGUACGGAUGCGGAGGUGGAAAACUGAUUAAUCCUCUAACCAGAAUUAGGACCUAUGAACAUGAAUCCAUGUGGGGAAAGGCACUGGCUUCAUAUGACCUUCACUCCAACCUCCCAGAGGUCACAAGGCAGGUUGGCAUAGUGGAGGGUCUUCAGAACAUGGGUCUGUGUGGAAUCCUCAGCACGUAUCUGGGAGGGUUGGAGAGACAGGUGGCUGACUGGGGAUCUGAGCUCUGUGAGCUUCGCUUCCAGGCAGCUUGGAGGAGCACACAGUGGGAUACAGACCUGCCUGGGAGGAGUGAAAAGUUAAAUCCUGGAUUUAAUGAGUCUUUGUUCACUGCGUUACAAGCUCUGAAGGACAAGGACUUCUUUGUGUUUGAAGAAGCUCUGAAAUAUGCCAGGGGUAAUGGAGUAGAGGAGCUGUGUCGUGGUAAUCUGGAAGCUGUGUCCUCUCUCUAUCCCACACUCUGUAGUUUGCAGAUGAUUGAGGAGCUACAAAGUGUCAAAGCACUUUUUGUAAGCCCUUACACUGACUCUGAGCUGGUGGAGGUCUACCGUAAAUGGCAUCAGCAUUCAGACCUGCUGACGGACAGCUCUUUUAUCCUGGUUGAGCCAAUCCUGGCUCUGCGAUCCUCCAUUCAGGAAACGCUGCUCACCUGCGAGACUGACCAAGACAGGAAGGGCAACCUUAACUCCGCCUACUCCUCCCACCUGAUGGAGCUGUGCAGACUGGCCCGCUCAGCGGGGAACACACAGCUGGCAGAGCGAGCAGUGUUUCAGAUGAAGCAGCGCAGCGGGGUGAGCAAAGGGAUGAGCACUGUAGACUCCUGGGCCUGGCAGCUGGAGGAGGCCCAGGUGUUCUGGGUGAAGAAGGAGGAAGGGCUGGCUCUGGCUCUGCUCAGACAAAUGAUAGACAAGCUGGAAGACCUGGUGGAUAUAAACCCCGCUGUGGUGCCGGUGUACUCUGAGUGUCUUAGGCUGUGUGGCAGCUGGCUGUCUGAAACCUGCCUGGAGAGUCCUGCUGUCAUACUGGAGAGCUACCUGGAGAGGGCUGUUGAGGCGUUUGAAGACCACGGUGGAGCUCCAGACCCCAAACAGCAGAGCCAGAUGACCCAGGCCUUCCUGUCGCUGGCCCGCUUCUCUGACGCGCAGUACCAGGGCAUCGAGAACUACAUGAGGUCCUCAGAGUUCGAGAACAAGCAGGCUCUGCUGGAGAAAGCCAAAGAGGAGGUGGACCUCAUGAAGGAGAGAAAUGUGACCAAUAACCGGUACACAGUGAAAGUACAGAGGGAGCUGGAGCUGGACGUUCGGGCUCUGGCCAACCUGAGGGCUGAUCGCAGGCGUUUCCUCCUCAAGGCUGUGGAGAACUACAUUCGGUGUUUGGAGCUGGGCGAGGAGCACGACACCUGGAUCUUCCGCCUCGCCUCCCUCUGGCUGGAGAAUGCUGACGUCAAGAACGUCAAUGAUAUGAUGAAGGAAGGUGUAAAGAAGAUCCCAUCAUACAAGUUUCUACCUCUGAUGUACCAGCUGGCUGCUCGCAUGGGCACCAAACUCUCCAACUUACCCACUCAAGAGGAAGCAGGGUUCCACAGUGUUCUUAAUGAGCUAAUCUGUCGAGCAUCUAUGGAUCAUCCUCAUCACACACUCUUCAUUAUUCUGGCGCUGGUCAACGCCAACAAAGAUGAGAGCUUCUCCCGCAGCCGGCUGUCCAGGAACAGCGCACGCCAGCCCUCGCCUCUGGACCUGGAAAGAGCAGAGGUGGCACAGAAAAUCAUUAAUGUGAUCCGGAAGCAGAAGGCUCAGAUGAUCCAGGGCAUCGAGACGCUCUGCAGUGCCUACAUCACCCUGGCGUACAUGGAUGCAAGUCGGCACAAAACUGAGAAGAAAGCAAUACCCAUUCCAGCAGAUCAGCCCAUCAUGAAAAUCAAAGAUCUAGAUAACGUCAUUAUCCCCACCAUGGAUAUCAAGGUGGAUCCAUCAGGAAAGUAUGAGGAUCUGGUCACCAUCAGCUCUUUUAAACCUCACUUUCACCUGGCUGGAGGCGUCAACCUGCCCAAGAUCAUUGAUUGCGUCGGUUCAGAUGGAAAGAGCAGGAGGCAGCUGGUAAAGGGCCAGGAUGACCUGAGGCAGGAUGCAGUGAUGCAGCAGGUGUUUCACAUGUGCUCCACACUCCUGCAGCGCAACGCCGAGACACGCAAGAGGAAGCUCAACAUUCGCAGAUACAAAGUGGUGCCGUUUUCUCAGCGGAGUGGUGUGUUGGAGUGGUGCUCUGGUACUGUACCCAUAGGAGAAUUUCUGGUCGACCCCCAGAAGGGGGCGCACAAGCGCUUUAGACCCCAAGACUGGACCAGCCUGGCCUGUCGCAAGAAAAUGAUGGAAGCUCAGAGGAUGGAAUUUGACAAGAAGCUCCAGGCGUUCACAGAGGUUUGUCAGAACUUCCGGCCCGUGUUCCGCUAUUUCUGCAUGGAGAGAUUUCUGGAUCCGGCUGUGUGGUUGGAGAAAAGGCUGGCAUACACCCGCAGUGUAGCGACUUCAUCUAUAGUGGGUUAUAUUGUUGGACUGGGUGAUCGCCAUAUUCAGAAUAUCCUAAUAGAUGAGCAGACUGCAGAACUUGUCCACAUAGACCUGGGUGUUGCCUUUGAGCAGGGGAAGAUUUUACCCACUCCAGAGACCGUGCCUUUCAGACUGUCCCGAGAUAUUGUUGACGGGAUGGGUAUCACUGGGGUGGAGGGGGUCUUCAGAAGAUGCUGUGAGAAGACCAUGGAGGUGAUGAGGAGCUCUCAGGAAGUCCUGCUGACCAUAGUGGAGGUAUUGCUGUAUGAUCCGUUGUUUGAUUGGACGAUGAACCCGCUGAAAGCUUUUCACCUGCAGCAGCAGCAAGACGAGCAGGCUGAACUGAACGCCACCCUCAACCCCACGCCUGCUGGAGAGGAGCCUGAGGCCCAUCGCAAAUCCAGUGACAGUCAGAGCUUCAACAAGGUGGCGGAGCGGGUUCUGCUGCGGCUGCAGGAGAAGCUGAAGGGGGUGGAGGAGGGGGCGGUGCUUAGUGUGGGGGGACAGGUCAACCUCCUCAUCCAGCAGGCCAUGGACCCCAAAAACCUCAGCCGCUUGUUCCCUGGGUGGCAGGCCUGGGUUUAACACACACACAUACACACACACAUCCACCCACACACACACACACAUCUGAAAAAAUAAGACCAAAUAAGUCUGGAGUUCCCCAUAUACUGUACCUGUGCUGUACAGGAACAACCCAAUCAAAACUCCGCCCACAAAUGCCAAUUUUUUGCUUAGCAGCUUAACAGAAAUACAGAAAAAUCUAUGAGUAAAAAAACCUGAUCAACAAUGCUAUCAUGAAAUCAUUUAUAGCAUGCACCACCAUGCAUAGAAAAUGUAUAUUAUUAGAUCAGGUGUUUAGACGCGAGAUGUUCUCAUUACCACACCUUAGUUAUAGUAUAUAAUUUGUCUGGUCUGAAUCAACGAGUUUUUAAACUUGGCCCUUUUUUUUCCUUCGGUUUAGUUUAGCACAGAAAAAAAUCCAAACACACUAAAAUACGUCAAUAUAAACCAUGUGAGUAAGACCUGAAGACCUGUAUUUGGCAGGAUCAAGAAAGUAAAUACAGGAAAAAUGUCCUGUGUUACAUAAAGUGUUUAAAGGCUCAUUUUUAAGUAGCACUAGUAAGGAACAGGAGUCUCGCCAUGUUUCUCUACCAAUUCAGCAGGUCUCACCUGAUAACUGUUCAUUUGGGUGAAUAAAGCGCUUCUGUUUAUUUACAGUGAGCUUAGAUUUCCAGAUUUCCACUAAGCCUGGAGCAUUAGCAUUAGCAAUAGCGGCUAACCGCUAAUGCCGCCUAACAGCCCUAACUAAGGAUCCCAGGGUGGUAUUAUCUAGCAGUUUGUCCCACAUAGCUUGUUUUAACAUAGUAGACGUGCAGGCUACAGUACGAUAUACUCAAGUCUGAACGGCCACAUGGCUAGCGCUUAGCGGGUAAUGCUAAUACCGCUCCAGCAGUGCUAGCCGGGGUUAGAAGCAGGCAACAGGCCGAUGAUUCUCACCUCUGAACGACCGAAUGGCUGGCGCUUAGCGGGUAUAGCUAAUACUGCAGGAGAACUAAACUGAAACUCACUCCUGUAUAACGCUGCACUUCAGCCCAGUGGCAAAAAUUCAUAAAUUCAUAAGGUCAAGCUCAGUUACUGCAUUCCCACCAGCCCAAACGAAUCACAUCAAGUGUGAACACAAUCCAGUUUAACUAUACUAAAAGUUUAUGAAUGGUAUGACAUAGUACUGUCUGUCCUCACAGUAAAAGCAAUAAAAAGACACAUUUGUGGGCGGAGCCUGAAUAAAUUACUUCUGACAGUUCUUGACAGGAAUUUGUAUAGCAGAUAUCAGGGCUAUUAUUAUUCUGUGAUUUUUAUAAGCACUUAAAUGUAAAUACUGAAAAAAAUAAGUUCAAAGAUAAACGUUUAAUAUUGUUCUGUUUGUACGUCAAAUUCUCUAUAUUGAUUUAUAUAUGUUUUUCUACCCCUGUGCAAAACAUAAAUAAGGAAAUUUGUGUUCUAAUGUGAAUGACAGGUGCUGUCAAAUUUACUAUUGGCACUUUAUCAAAUAUAACACAUUUUUAAAGUUUAUUUUUAACUUUAAUCACACAGAUUCAUCACUCCAUACAUCUGGAAAUGUACACACACGUUAUUACCAGAUAAAAUCACGGUUAUAUCAAACCUGAAUAAUUUGUUCGGUUUUCCACAACUGACUGUAAUUCCACUUUUGCAAACGUGGAGUUUUACUGUACCGUUACUGAAGUACUGUCUUUAUUGCAAAUAGAAAGAAUGUAUCAGUGUUUUUUAAUAUAGUUUUGGUUAUGAACUAUAAAGUACUGGACUUGAUUAGUUUCAGGUAUAAAAGAUUUAAAGAAAGAGCUAAAAGAAUAAACAAUGCAAUAAAAAAAUAAGAAAAAAUGGCUGUGCUGUUGACUGGCAUUCUCUCUAUAGGUAGUCAUGAUUCACUUCGAGCUAAUGAAAAGUGGGAUUCACAGAUACACACUGACAUGCCAAAAGUCAUGGGAUAGUUGUAUGUUAAUUGAUUGUGUACAUUCUCUAUAAGUAUGUAAAUUGAUCCCCUGGUACUUCAGGGGACGGCUUGGGAAUGCCCAGACGUAUAAGUGUAAGUUGUGAGGUGUUAUCUCAUGAGAGAAGUUGAACACUGGCAGUUGUGCUCACGUCAGGGCGAGGUCUACAGUGUCGCGUACCAGGAAUGAAUAAAAAGCAUUAACACCCACAGUGGACAGUGCAGUGGGUGGUAAUGAUUGUAACAGGCAGUGUCUGACUAGAAUUGUAUAAAUGACUUAUCAUAACUUAUGGAACAUGGCAAAAGUAAUGGGACAAGAUGCUGGUAUAAUAUCCCAUGACAUCUGACACAUCAGUGUAUAAAGGCUUAUUUAAACUUUGCAUGCUUAAAAUAUGCUUUGAAGGAAUCCUUUUAAAAGUAUAAAUAUCAUGCCUCUCUUGAACACCAAUAAUGUGUAACUUAACACCUUGCCAUGAGCAAGAUAACAAGAUAACAUCUUACAACUUAUACAAGUGUGAGCAUUCACAAGCCAUACCAUGAGGUAACACUUAAUGAUCACUUUACAUAUUGCUAUCUGAUGACUUUUGGCAUUAGCAGAGUCUGUUGCUGGAGAAUCUGAAUUUAAUGUAAAAGCAGUUAAUUUUAGGCACCAUUAAUUAUGAAAUGUACUAAUGCAGAAAUGUUAAUAUGUAUACAUAUAUUUAUUUUCUAUUACCACCACAUACCAGCAGGUGGCACCUAAGUAAACACAUUCUUCAUCCAUAUAGGUUUCAUCAUCCUCAGAUGCAAUUCUAAAUGGGUUCAGUUAAAAAAAAUAAAGUUUGUUUAUUGUAAUUAGGGAUGCAAUGGUAUUCUUUAGUAUAAAAAAUUAUAGUUAUCAUAUCUUAUGAAUUUUUGUUUGAUACUGCUAUUGCAGGGUUACUAUUUUUACUGUAAAAAAAAAACAAAUAACCAAUUGAUUCAUUUAGAAAUGAGUAGAUUAAUCCAUAAUGAAAAUAAUAAUUAGCUGGUAAUAAAAUAAAACUGCAUCCCACGUGCAGCUUUCUUUUAUUUUUAUAUUAUCAAAAGAUCAAAAUUUUACAUUUUACAUAUACACUGUCAGCAUCAGUCAAUAACUGUAAAUGGUACAACGUUAUAAAUGAUGCUUAAAAAAUAGGGUGUUCUAUAAGUAGUGUACUAUAUAUAUAUAUAUAUAUAUAUAGAGAGAGAGAGAGAGAGAGAGAGAGAGAGAGAGAGAGAGAGAGAGAGAG